CUUUAUUUCUUAGGAAUAAGCGUAUUAAUAUUGCUAUAUAUAGUAUAAUUUUAUCGAGGAUAUAUCUGCAUUUUUAGGGGUAAAUUCAAACCUCUUUAUGUCCAGCGUACUUCAAACAUUGGCGUCCAAAAUGCCGGGUUAUAAUAUGAAAUUUGUUGAUAAAGUACGUAAGAGGCACCAAUGUCCUCUCUGUCAUCUGCCGAUAAAGGACCCAGUCCAAAUUACAACCUGCAAGCACCGUUUUUGUGACACAUGUCUACAAGAUUUCCUUGGAGCUGGAGUAUUCAACUGCCCAGUGGAUCAUCUGUCUCUCGACUUUGCAAAGAUUUAUCCAGACCCAGACCUCGAAGGUGAAAUCAUGAAUUUGACAACACAUUGUUCCAACUAUUCUGUCGGAUGUAAAUGGACGGGGAAACUGCACAAUUUGAAGAACCAUAUCGUGAAAUGCAGUCACAGUGAAAUUGACUGUCCAAAUCGAUGCGGUGUUCGCUUGCGAGCUUCAAAAUUAGCCGAUCAUCUGGAAUAUGUGUGUGUGAAGAGAAGAGUAACUUGCGAAUUUUGUUCGAAGGAUUUUUCGGGAGAACAGCUUGAGGAUCACGAAGGAAACUGCCCAAUGGAAAGCGUACAUUGCGAAAACAAAUGCGGAGCUAAAAUGCUCAGAAAGUAUCUGGCAAGACACAGCACCGGAGAUUGCCCUAAACGACCAACAAAAUGUCCACACUGCGAUAAAGACUUCAAUUUUGAUAUUUUGAAGACUCAUUUUGGGAAUUGCCCUCGUUAUCCAAUCAGUUGUCCAAAUCGUUGUGAUGUCCUCAAAAUUCCACGCGAGGAAUUAGAGAUCCACAUGAAAGAACAUUGCAAAGCAGCUGUUACAGCAUGCCCGUACAAAGAAGUCGGAUGCAAGCAUAAGUGUCCUCGCUAUCAUCUCGAUAGACAUUUAACAGAAAAUCAGAACGUGCACAUGAGAACUAUGUUUGAACUUGUAAGAACACAGAAGAGACAAAUCGAAACCUUACAAAAACAGGUCAGCGAUUUAACUGUUAGUCACAACGGUGUAUUAUUGUGGAGAAUACCAGAAUAUACAAAAUCUCUCCAGCAAGCUCAAAAAGACCAAGCAGAAGCUGAGCUGAUCAGCCCGCCGUUUUACACCCACAGACACGGCUAUAAACUUCAGUUAUCAGCCUUUCUGAAUGGCAAUGGUGGCGGUCACGGAUCGCACUUGUCUUUGUAUGUUCGAGUUCUGAAUGGAGAAUACGAUUCUCUCUUGGAAUGGCCGUUUUCUCAUGAUAUUACAUUCACCAUACUUGAUCAGGGAGAUCCACUUUCCUCUAAACGCAGUCAUAUAAAUGUAACAUUCACUCCUGAUCCAAACUGGAAAAACUUCCAAGAUCCAGAAAUUCGUCGAAAAGAUUCCGAUGUCGACGGUUCUAAUCUCGGAUUUGGUUAUCCAAAGUUUGUUACACACAAAGACCUGAAAGACAACAAUUACAUCAAGAAUAAUACGCUUUUCAUAAAAGCUACCAUUGACACAUCGAGGGUCGUCAUACAGUGAUGUAAUUGUAAUAUACCAGCAUGUUUUAUGUAGUAGUACAACGGAUGGUAUAAAGAGAAAGGAGGUCGCAGGCGAUCUGGAUGUUGUAUCGAAGAGGUAUACAAGGCACUAACUGUGAAAUAUGUACAAGACUGUGCUCCUAUCACACAAUGUUUUCUGUUAUUCCAUUUUGCCAGUUAAAACUUAUAUUCAGAAUCUGACGAAUGUACUAAAUAGAAAAUAAUAUAUGAUAAAAAAAAAGUUGAAUAUUGCUCCCAUGGGAUCAGAAAGACAAUUUGCUACACACGAAGAUAGAGCAAUACUACAUCCUGUUAAGGUUAUCAACGUUGCAACUUGUGACGAUAAAACUGCUUUUUUAUUAGGGCGUCAUGGGCAUUGAUAUAGGAUUGAAGUUGAUACAUGUAUGAACUUCUUGUAUGUUGUCAAAUAUAAUUUCAACAUUAUCACGUAUGUAGUAAGAAAUAUGAAUAUUGAUUACUUCGAGACGAUAUAAAAAGUUUAAAAUUGUUUUUUAGAUUAAAUAUUGAAGUUUCCACUUUGUCAAACAAACUUAAUGGUUUAUCGAUAUUUAAUCAAAUGCAUACCCAGAAUAUAUGAAUUUUCGGUUUCAAGAAAUACGAGUUGAUAAGGAAUAUGUAUCCAUGGAAUGUAAAAUGAUGUUGUUUUAAAUUUCAAAAUAUCUUUACAUUUUCAUUUAUGGACAUAAGUGUGGUUUUCAUUUCAUUUUAGAAAAUUAUUAUUUUAUGAUAAAUAUUGUACCUAAUUUAGAAACAGUUUUGAAUGGUUUAUUCAAAUGUACUGGUAUAACUUUUCUUUCUUAUUAUUAUUUACCCUAUUUUUCCAUUGCUAUUCACUAUUAUUCAUCUUUUCCAUACUCAGACUUUUUUUCUCCAUAUUGCUCACUUUAUAUUUCAGUUUAUUUUUGAACUAAUUUUGUGCUUAACCUUUCAUAACAUUAUGGAUAUUCAAGGCAUGAUUGACCAAGUACAGGAAGCAUUCUUGCAGAAUAGAAAUGUAAUAACUAUGAUUCCUAUUUGUAAUUUUUUUUUUAUCGUCAAACGAAUUUGUAAAAUAAUAAUACUGUCAGCAAUAAAAUAUUCAGAAAUUUACAGAA